GCGACACCGGGGCGCUACCUCUUUAAAAGCGCCUGGGGCUGAGCCUCCGCCGCACCAUGUGAUUGCUGGAAAGGCCGGGCUGGGAGAGCUGCGGCGGGAGCCCCAGGACGAUGAGCCGCCGCGCGGGUCCCGGAGCCCAGCCCUGCCCGGCGCGGCCCCGCGGCUCGGCGCGCCCCCAGGUGCCCGCAACUUUGGGCACCGCCUCCGGGACCCCCUGGUGGCCAGCGGGCAGGAUGGCCUCCCCACCCCAGGCUUCCGUGACCACAGGUGCCUGCCUCGUGCCCCUUGGUGCCUGCCUGCUGAUGUGCCUCGCCUGUGCCUGUCAUGCCGCCCUCCAUCUCAGCCUUCCAGGCCGCCUACAUUGGCAUCGAGGUGCUCAUCGCCCUGGUCUCUGUGCCCGGGAACGUGCUGGUGAUCUGGGCAGUGAAGGUGAACCAGGCGCUGCGGGAUGCCACCUUCUGCUUCAUCGUAUCGCUGGCGGUGGCUGACGUGGCGGUGGGCGCUCUGGUCAUCCCACUAGCCAUCCUCAUCAACAUUGGGCCACGGACCUAUUUCCACACCUGCCUCAUGGUCGCCUGCCCUGUCCUCAUCCUCACCCAGAGCUCCAUCCUCGCCCUGCUGGCAAUUGCCGUGGACCGCUACCUCCGCGUCAAGAUCCCGCUCCGGUACAAGACGGUGGUGACUCCCCGGAGGGCGGCGGUGGCCAUCGCCGGCUGCUGGAUCCUCUCCUUCGUGGUGGGCCUGACACCCCUGUUCGGCUGGAACAAGCUGGGGGAGGUGGAGCGGGCCUGGGCGGCCAACGGCAGCGAGGGUGAGCCCGUGAUUGAGUGCGAGUUUGAGAAGGUCAUCAGCAUGGAGUACAUGGUCUACUUCAACUUCUUCGUCUGGGUGCUGCCCCCCCUGCUGCUCAUGGUCCUUAUCUACCUGGAGGUCUUCUACCUGAUCCGCAAACAGCUCAACAAGAAGGUGUCGGCCUCCUCUGGCGACCCACAGAAGUACUAUGGGAAGGAGCUGAAGAUCGCCAAGUCGCUGGCCCUCAUCCUCUUCCUCUUCGCCCUCAGCUGGCUGCCCCUGCACAUCCUUAACUGCAUCACCCUCUUCUGCCCUUCCUGUCAGAAGCCCAGCAUCCUCAUCUACGUCGCCAUCUUCCUCACGCAUGGCAACUCAGCCAUGAACCCCAUCGUCUACGCCUUCCGCAUCCAGAAGUUCCGGGUCACCUUCCUUAAGAUUUGGAACGACCAUUUCCGCUGUCGGCCCGCACCCCCUGUUGAUGAGGACCCCCCGGAAGAGGGGCCCCACGACUAGACUCCACCUACUGCGUCUGCCUGCCCCCAUCAGGGGCAUCUCAGCCCAGUCCCACCUCCCCACCGGUCCCACUCCCUGAGCCUUUCUGGCGGGGCUGUGGGGUGUGGGUGCCCUGCACCUUGGGUUCUGGAGGAGGUUUGGCAGGGGGGCCGUCCAUGGAUGGGGAAGGAGCCAGGUAACCUGAGGGGAGGAGGAAAGUGGCUUGAAACUCCCCACCUGUGUGACCAUCCCACAGGCAGCCCGGUGCUUCAGGCUGGACGGACCUGGGGAGACUGAGGCUGCAAAGGGGCCACGUGGGCUGGAGGGCAAGCUUGGGCUCCCAUGGCAGUUCGGGGAGCCUGCUUAUCUCUGGUGGUGGUCAUGCAACCCUGGGACCAAGCCUACGGAAAGGAGAGGAUCCCCUCCAACGUGGAUGGAGAGAAAGAAACUGGGCUUCAUGGCCCUGCUUUCUCUCCUGUUCUGUAGGAGAAGGUGGCAGAGCCACGGAGGGGCGGGAAUCAAGGAGCCUCCGUCCCAGCCUCCCGGGACCCUGAGCUCCCAGCUUUGCUGGGCGUCAGGGUACCUGCCCUCCUUGCCCUGGGGAGCCCAGGUUUAUAUCUGGGAGAAGCAGAAACGGCGGAUCCAGAAAUCAUCCCCAACCUUUGCUUUAUUCUCCACCAACCCCCGGACCCUGGGUAGAGGCUCCAAGCCCCCUGGAGCUGGUGUAGAGUUGAUGUGCAGGCCUCAUGCAGCCACCAGGUGGCAGCACUGAGCCAUUGUUCUUGCCCUGAGUGUCCCAAGGUGGAGCCUCGAGUGUACCCGUCCGUCAUCUGGGCCAACCAGCUCCACUAGCCCCUGGUGAUGGCCUGGACUCCCCUAAGUGACAUCCAUCUCUGCUCUUUCUGGGCCAGAUGGAGAGGAGAGCCCCAGACGUGCCAACUCGAGGGCGCAUUCUGCCUGCCUGGGGAGGAGGGGACCAAGGGAAAGUGCUGAGGUUGGGCACUCCUGGGAUGCCAUGGACCAGGCUGGAACAGGCCGGGGGAGACCACAGUCCUGAGAGUAAGGGAAGGGAGGUCUUGCUGGCACUUAGAUACCCUCAGUAUCCCUGGCACCUAGCACAGUUUUCAGGGGCUUGGGGCUCUGUUGCACAGUCUAGGCUUUAGAGCAUCCGGGGAAGGGUCCACCCUCUGCCAAACUCGGGCGCCCCGUGUGUGGAGGGAGGGGGGCAGGGUUCUGAGCGUGGACAGCAACUCCAGGCCUUGAGUCCAGGCCCUUCCCUUUCUCAGAGGUAGGAUGUUCCCUGGCUCCCAAGGAGGGCCACCUGACUAAUAAAAGACUGUGAACCUUGAUGGAGAGCACACCCCUGGCUACCCACCCCACCCCCCAACCAUCUGAGGGCAAUAGACAACCUGAGCACAGAGGAGCAAUGGGGGGGGGGAGGUGGGGAUGGGGAGGAAGCAGGGAGAGGGGAGAUACAGAGGCGUUCAGAGCAAGGAGGGUUCCAGAGAAGAGGGUGUCUGUUCACGUAGUUAGGCUGUAGGCAUAGCAAACCCUGACUGUGAAAGCGAGAUCCUAAAAAAAGCUCAUGUCUGGAACUCUCCACCCUCCCAUGACAUCCUGAGUCCCCUCCCACUGGAACCUUCUUCAGGAUGUCGUACGUGGAGACCCCCUCACGGUGACACAUCAACCCCCCCCCUCACUGGGACACAGCGCCUCCCCCAUCACAACGAUGCUCGUGGUCACAGAGGCCCCCGCACACACACCUUUAUUUGAGCGCUUCUCGCCCAGACUGCAGCUCUCUGCAGGGGCACUCCAAUCUCUGCACUUUCCAGGCCCCCUCACAUGCCCGGGGAGACUGGCCUGGGGCCCGCCAGGCCUACUUCUAGCUCCUGGGCUCCAGCCUCUCGGGGAGGAGGCUAGGCAGGUACCAGGGAGCAAAGCCAUCCGCUGUCACAGAAGUGGGGGUCUGGGGCAUCUGUGGAGCUUGAUGCUGAGCCUGGUGGCCCCAACCCCCCCAGGUCUGCAGCACCUGGCGGAGGACACGUUUCAUGAGCCCUGCUGUUAGGCAGGGCUGGGGCUCCACCUGCCCUCUGAAGAGGAGAGACAGGGCGCAGGGCACAGGGACAUAGCCCCUCUCUUUCCUUCCCAGGCCUCCUGCCCCAGGGGCCCCAUGUCCAGCUCUGACCUCUGCCUCUGAGGCUCCAGGAAACUUCCCUGCCUGUCCAGAGCCUCGGAACCCCCUGGGGAGGGAAGGUGGGGCAUAGGUCAUUGCCCCCACAUUGCUGCCAAGGAAGUGCCCUGGUCUAAGGGCACGCAGAGCCAAGGCUAGACCCCUGUCUCGGGUGCACAUUGCCUGACGCUGCAGGUUUGUACCCAGAGCUGACCACCACCUUCCCCUCUCACCCCCACCCCCUGCUCUGGCCUCUGACCCCAGAGACAGCGGGUCCAGACAUUUGCCAUUCUCAUCACAGCCUCCUGUCGCUCUUCAGUGCGUGGCUGAGGCCGGAAGAGAUGCCGCAGUUAGAGUGGGGGAGGGGGACAGCUGCAGGGGCCCCGAGUUGGGGGCAGCGGGACAAGAGGGGCUCAGGGCUACACCCCUUCACCCCAGUCAAUGGAUCAGUCUGAGUGGCAGACUCUGUUACCUCCUUUCCCUACACCGGGCCAACCUCCCACUUGGAAAAUCCUUCUGUCAGCCAGACCUCUCCAUCUUUACCACCCCUCUGUCUUGCCUUGAUGUCCAGCACCCAGCCUCAUCUAGCCCAGCAGGAGAGGCGGUGGCUUCUCCUCUUCUCCUGUCCUUGGAGACAGGACCCUCCUCGUAACCUUACCUUUGACCUCCAGCCGGCAGGCCACAGAUGCCUCCCCUAGCACACUGAUGGCCUUGCAGGUGUAGAGCCCGGAGAUCAAAGGGGCUGGGCUUCCGGAUCUCCAGGGUGCAGACACCUUGCUCAGAGAGGGCGUGGUAUUUGGGGUCACCCUGGAUGUCCAUUUUGGUUUUCAUCCAGAUUAUCUUGGGCUAGGGGAGCGUCGAGAGCAGAGGAGGGCUGGGAUGGGCUUUGAAGGAGCUGCCUGCGUAGAUUCAAGCCACUGCCCCGCCCGCCCCCACCCCCACCAGGACAUAGCAGGGCUUCACCCCUUCACCUUGGGCAGUGCUCGGACCCUGCAGAAGAGCUGAGUGCUGUAGCCCGGGGUGGAGGUGUGGUCAGCCAGGGGCUGGGUAAACGAAGGGGCUUCUGAGAAGUCUUGCUCGACAAACCCUUUAGGCUUGGCAACGAUAUCUGGGUUCGGGAGAGAAAGGGGGGCAAAUUCGAGGUUAUAGGAGUAGACCUCUUAGAACUAACCCCAUCCAUUUUCCUAAAGUAAUCACGAUAGCUUACACUUAGGCAGCUCAUUUAAUCUGCAUCGUGUCCCUCUGCCAGCGUGAGUGUGUUAUCCCCAUUUGAAAGAUGGGAAACUGAGGCCUUCAUGGAUGCGUGUCUUGCCUGAUAUCACUUCGUGAGUCUGGGGUUUAAAGGGUAGAAAAUUACACGAGGACCAUGGCUCUCUGAUCAGAGAGCUGCCGGUCUGGAGAAGGAUCUUAGCAUCACAAGGGCAGGCGACAAGCCAUUUCAUGGCUGCCGUGGAAUGAAGGAGCUCUGUGGCAGGGUCCCACGCUCCUGUGAUCUUGGAAGCCAGGGGUGGCCAACGUGUGGGAACGUAGAACCUGAAUGCCUCAAAGCGGCAGAGGAAAGCUGGGACCACGGCUGGGCGGGUCAGCGAGGGGACCGAGAGGGGAAUGGGCAGGAAGACUGGAUAGAGGAGAAGCUCUUGGCUGAGGCUGGGGACCUACAACCCAGAGAUACCAUAUUUCAUUUCUGUUGGUCUUGGGAGACCUGACUGGCUUUCCUUUUUUAAACAAACAUUUCUUCCUAAUUCUGUGUAGCUCGGGCCGGAGUUGAAAAGAGUGUGCCUUCCCAAGCCCACACAGACUCUGCAUGGGGGUGGGGGGAGCUGGAGGUCACAGGGCGACAGGGAGAAAGGGCUUGGCAUCUCACAUUUGACUCAAGCAGGCCGGGUGCCUGUGUGGAGACAGUAAAUACCCCUGUCUUUCU